CCGUUGGGCCGGACCGGCGGCUGGGAGCGGGAGUUUUGAACGUUGGUGCGGGCGGCUCGAGAUGCAGCGCUGCCGGGGACCCUGGGCCACCUGCCCGGAGCAGGAGGAGCCGGAAUGCAGCAUUCAAGAAAAGAUUGACUUUGAAAUCCGCAUGCGAGAGGGAAUUUGUAAACUGCUUGCAGUGAGCACCCAAAAAGACCAAGUGCUGCAUGCAGUUAAAAACCUGAUGGUUUGCAAUGCUCGCGUACUUGCCUACAAGACAGAACUACAGAAACAAAAAGAGGAACCAGUCACGUACAGAACAGGAGGAGGGUGUUCAGAUGUUCGGACUAAAGAGCAUGCAGCAUGUAGAGGAAAGGUUGCCAUAUCAGAUAUUCGCAUACCAUUAAUGUGGAAAGGCUCUGAUCACUUCAACAGUAAAGAAAGAUCACAGCGCUAUGCAAUUUUUUGCUUAUUCAAAAUGGGAGCUGAGGUUUUUGAUACAGACAUGGUUAUUGUGGAUAAAGCAAUAACUGAUAUCUGUUUUGAAAAUGUAACCAUAUUUGAUGAAGCAGGGCCAGACUUCCAAGUAAAGUUUGAAGUGUAUAGUUGCUGUACAGACCAAUCUUCAACUAUAACAAACACUCCUAAGAAGCUAGCCAAGAAGCUUAAGACAUCCAUUGGUAAAGCUACUGGAAAGAAAAUCAACUCUUUGCAAGAAGACGACCUUGAAUCCUUUUCAUUCACUGACCCAAUCAUACCUGGUGCAAAAUACAGUUUGCUGGCACAUACCACUUUGGGGUUGGACAGUGCUGAGGACAAUUUCAGGACCCACAACCUUACCGUUACAGGAAAUGAGGAGUCGUCGUUCUGGCUUCCCUUAUAUGGAAGCAUGUGUUGUCGUUUAGUUGCUCAGCCAUUCUGCAUGGCCAAGGAUGUGAUGUCAGGAUUUCUUAAUCAGCAGCAAAUGGUAGGAAGCCUGACUAACUGGAGGAGGCUGUACUGUGUACUAAGAGGUGGUAAACUCUUUUGUUAUUAUACACCCGAAGAAAUUGAAGCUAAAGUGGAGCCAGCUUUGACAGUUUCCAUCAACAAGGGAAAAGAACCUUUGAAGUGUGGAAAGCAGUCAUUUUCAUUUCACAAACAAAUACACCAACCGUGUCUCUUACAGGAAACCAGAAUCCGUGCUGUGGAUAGGGGCACCGAGAAAAGAAUUAAUAACUUUACUGUUACCAGCCCUGUGGAUGGAGAGGCUGUGACUCAACUUUUUGCAGCUGACAGCAGGGAAGAACUUCAUAAGUGGAUGGAAGCUUUCUGGCAGCAUUUCUACGAUCUUAGCCAGUGGAAACAUUGUUGUGAAGAAUUUAUGAAAAUUGAGAUUAUGUCACCACGGAAACCACCUUUGUUCUUGACAAAAGAGGCAACCUCAGUCUACCAUGAUAUGAGUAUUGAUUCUCCAGUGAAACAUGAAGGUUUAACAGAUAUCAUACAAAGGAAAAUUGAGGAGACUGAUGGAGAGUUCCUGAUUGGCCAGAAGAAGGAGUCUGUACCUUCUGUAUGGGCCCCAUUAUUUGAUGGUUCUCACCAGAUGCUUGUCCAGAAAAAUAUUGUGUUUCCAGAUGCAAAUAGUGAGAUAGUAAGUCCUAAUGAUGGCAAAGGAAAGAAAAGAAGAGCUCCACUUCCACCGUCUGAUAAGCUACCAUACAGCUCAAAAACUCAGAUGAGCACAGAUCAGUUGGACAAGGAAAACUUGUGGAAGAAGCCUACCAUUGCACGUAGGACCUCUUCUUCUUUUGAUGCCAAGUUAUCUUCCAUGAUGCAUCAGUUGCAGAGGCCCAUUGCUGCUCCUCGCAAACUGGUUCCUUGCAGGAAAAGCAGCUCAAUUGACAGUGAAAAUCCUCUCUCUUCAGUUACUGAGACAGAGUCUGAAACCAAACCAGUGCCAGCUCCUAGACAGAAAUCCAUCAAAGAAAUACUAGAUCCUAGAUCAUGGUUGCAGUCACAGGUGUAACAUUUAGUUUAUAAAAGUGACCAACAUAUAAAGUUUACUAGUAUUUGACAUUUAUCAGUGACCUGAGUCUUUGAUAAGAACUGAGCCAUUACAACUAUUUUUAAUGUAUAUAAUUCUAAGCCCAUAUUUUGUAUUGCAAUCUCAGCUCUGCUUGUCACUGUCAAGAUCUAAAGAAUUUCUCUAGCAAAGUAUAAAGGGUACUCUGUGUGUGUGUGUGUGUGUGUGUGUGUGUGUGUGUGUGUGUGUGUGUGUACGCACGCGUGCGUGCGUGCAUGCACAUGUUGUAGAAGGGAACAUCUCCAAGUUGUUUAAACCUUUCUACUUCUCCACACUACAUGCAGUAUCGGAAAUUUCGUGCUACCCUUAAAGCAUGGUCACGCUCUAAAAGGUAAUUCCAAGGUUUGUUUCAGUGUCUCCAUAUCAGAUGUGCUCAAUUUAUAAAUUAAGACUUUUUGAACAACUUUGCCAGCUCAGUCUGAGAUCUAUGAGAUUUUUUUCUGGCCCGUACUGUCAGAAUUGACCAAGUCUAAUGCAGGUUAUCUAUUAAUUCUGAUAGCAUUUGAGACAGAAUAGAAUGAUCUCCUUCUAACUGUUGGUUUUGCAAGGCUAAUGGAACUUUUUAAAAAAUCUUAAUACCUAAAAAUUGAUAUAUAUGACUGAUUACACACACAAAGCACAUAAGAUGUCAAUUUUACAGUCACUUUUCUGACCAUUAUAAGGAACGAAUUACUCCAUAUCAAAAGUCUGUAAUACUGGCAUCCCACCAGUUGGUGGUAGACAAACUUGAAUGCAGAGCCUUAUUACUAGUAUAAUUUUUUUUUUCCCCUCACUUUUUUUCUUUGACUUUGAGACCUAACAUGUAGGUGAAAUCAUUUAGGUCAAACAACCCUGUUGGGUUUGUUCACCACUUUCAUGGGAGCUGCAGAUUACAGUGAGCAGAAGACUUUCUUGGGCUACUGCACGUGAUCCUCAAUGUAUGGAGAGGCCUCAUGCUACCAUCUCUGGAUUUCAGAGUACAGGUCACUACAUUUCCUCCAUGGAAACAACUGCAUCACACAAGAUGCAGACUUUCCUUUACACCAGAGCCUUAUCCACAAGCAAAGGACUGCUUGCUAGUCAGCCAUCAAGAACACUGGAAUUCAGAACUGUGUUCUGAAAAUCUUAUCAGUAAUUUUACAUACAAUUCACUAAAAAUUUUUAUAUAGCAGCAAAGCCUUCAAAAUAAGCCAUUGGCUUUGAAAUUCAAAGGCAAAGGAUAGAAGUAUUGUAGUAACAUCAAUCUAAUAUUCUACUGUCCCUGAUGUAUUCUGAAUUGCUAGUGUGUGUUUAAAAAUAAAUAGUUUUAAUCCUGGAAAGAAUUUUGGAAUAAUAGUAAACUCAAUUAUUUAGAGAUUU